ACUGAGACGUACAAGGGGUUUCUACAGGUGUAUGUGGUAAUGGGAUAACACAGUCAUAUAGAUGCCAUGUGUGUAGGAGUGUCUGGUGUGUAAGAUCCUUCCCAGCUCUGGCUCUCUCUUCCUCAACAAAUCACUAUGAGUGACAUCACUGGAGUUUCCCCAGAGGUAACUGUUUUUAAGAGCCACACUCUGAGUGUCUGUCAAAAAACCAGAGCGACAGUAGAAGAAGAAGAAGAAAGAAAGCUCUCAACAAGGCUUCUAAGAACUCAGCUUGACUAGAAGUGAUAGAGGGAACCUUGUUGAAAACAAUGGAAGGUGAAUGCAAGGUAAUGCUGGACGCCACCGUCGAUACAGAAGCCAGGAAACAAACAGCGCGAGUCAAACCCAGCUCAAAGCUAACCACAGCCCUGCUGGUGUUCACACUCUGCCUCGCUGCCACUGCUGCUGCUGUCCUUGUCAUCAACAGGCAUACCAAGGGCCCAGGACAAGAUGAAGAAAAUGUUGAUCUUCGCCACACAUUGAGGCAAAUUUCAAAUGUGAGAGCGGCCAUUCAUUUAGAAGGAAAGUACAACCCUGAGCGGAAGACCUCAGUGGAAUGGAAGACUCAGGUGGACCAUUUCCAUUCUCAAGGAGGGCUGGAACUCAGCGACAAUGAAAUUGUGAUCCCAAGAAAUGGCCUCUACUUUGUUUACAGCCAAGCGUCAUUCCGGGUGAACUGCAGCAGCAGCGACACCGAUGACAGCACCCCUAAUCCCAUGGUCCACCUGAGCCAAACCGUGAAGCGCUGGUCCGACUCGUACGGGAAUGACCAUGGCACGAAGUACUACCAGACCAUCCUGCACUCCAUCCGCACUGUCUGUCAAAAGAAAGCCAGCAGCAAUCCGGAUGAGGAGAACUGGUUCUCUGCUGUGUACAUGGGAGCUGUGUUCAACCUGAGGAGAGGGGAUAAACUCAAGACAGUGAUGAAAGAGAAGAUGCUGCAGAGCCUGGAGGAUGAUCCAGGGAAGACUUUCUUUGGUGUGUUUUCCUUGUGAGGACAAGUGACUGAACAUAGCAGGUGAAGAUAUGAAUGUACAUCUAGAAGAACCAUUAGGCCCCAUGGUGGCUCCACCGAGGGGCUUGUUGCCUGCUGGGUUGCCUGAACUCACCUGCACUGUUGAAUGUUUGAUGGUAUACACUGCACUAAACAGUCAAUGCAACUUUCACUGCAGACUUUACAUCCAAAGUUUUUGCAAGUAAUUUUACCUUUGCAAGUAGACCAAGCUAUGUCAACUGUAGCACUGACCAAAAGAGCUCACUGUAAAGGAAUGUAUCACCAUAGAUAUCUCUAUGGCUCUAUAAUGUUAUGUACUAUGUACUCGCCUUAGUGUCAGUACCUUUUGCUGUAAUGCAGUACUCAAGCCAGUGCAUUUGUACAAAUGUGCUAUAUUUAUUGUGUCACUACAGGCUGA